AUGGUUGCACUUCUGUACUCGUGCACAAUUGCUCUGGUGGCUAUACCCCUCGCUCCUACGACCGCACUGUUAGUUCUUCUGCUGCACGUAGUAAACUUCAAGUUCGACAAGUUCAUUCUCAUGUAUUUGCAAAAGAAACCAGCCAACCCGUGGGGUGCUAAGGAUGCCGGAAGCUUCUUCAUCAAGUUUUACUUCUGCACGGUGCUCAUUUUCCUCGGUUUCACGCACUUUUUCCUCCUGAACACACAGAGUUCGUACUUCCUGACGGGAUCGGAAUGUUCAGUGGGUUAUCCAUUGUGUAUCUGCGAGUACGCCUGUGGGCCGUUCGUUGACGUUGCGAUGGGCUAUACGCCUCUGCUGAACUACAUCACGUCUUCUGGUGUUGCGUCUGCAUUUUACUCGCUGAUACUUGGUAACAAUUUCGUGCCGUGGACGCUCCUGUUCAUAUUCCUACUGGUCAUCUUCUUCCUUCGUAACUCGAUCACGGUCUACAUCAUGACUGCGCUACAGCGUGAGCAGGAUGUGGCACUUACCUUUUCGUCAUUAAGAAGGAAGGUCAAGCAGCUUGAAAAUCGCUUGCGGCUUCAGAAAAUGGGAGGA